GUUGCUGCGGACAAUCAAAUGAACAUGAUUAUGUAAUGGCUCAAACGUGCAAGUAUCACAAACUCGAAAAAAGAUCAUCGUACGUGAUUUCCCGUCUUUCCCUGCUCUUUUUAGUUUUUUUUUUACAAUACGUAGUGUCAUUCGAUUACAACCUUCUACUUCCUUUUUCCUUUUACUAUCUCUGUUUACAAGCCUGCCUUCUCUGCAGUAUAAUUUCUUUUCGCGCUAUUCAAUAGAGCUCGAGACACUUGACCUAAACGUUUCAUAGAAAGUACAAGGCACCAGAUCAUCGUCGUAAUAAGUAGAUCAUGUCAACAGGGGAAAUCGCAGAACCGUCAGUACCAUCAAAAGAUCUACCUGAAAAGACAGGUACCGGUAAUACAACAACACCAA